GUCAAUUACAUUUGUCAUUAUAUACACAUGCGCUAUUGUUGUUUCUUUUCCAUUUUCUAGCUCAAAGAGAGCAAAAUGGUUCAACGAUUAGUGUUUAGAAGACGAUUGUCUUAUAACACAAAAUCCAACAGAAGACGAAUUGUACGAACUCCUGGUGGUAAAUUAGUAUAUCAGUACCUUAAAAAACCGAAAAAGAUCCCGAGAUGCGGUCAAUGUAAAGAUAAACUACGGGGUAUCCUCCCUGCAAGACCACAAGAAAGAUCCAGGUUAUGUAGGAGGAAGAAAACUGUAAAAAGGGCUUACGGUGGAGUGUUGUGUCACAAGUGUGUCAAAGAAAAGAUCGUCAGAGCUUUUCUUAUCGAAGAACAAAAAAUCGUGGUUAAAGUUCUUAAAGCACAACAAGCUGUAACUAAAGCCCCUAAAAAAUAGAUCCUAAUAAAUGUUUGAUUUA